AUAUGCAAUAUGAGGAAAUCGGUAAUCUUACUUUUAGUUUCGGCUUCAAUUUUAGAAAUCCGGGCGAAUGAUAAGCAGCCGCCACGUGAACUGGAUUAUUGUCAUCCGGAUCUUUGUACUAAGCCCAAUACCACACACAUGGCUUGUGGUCAUACGGGAGAAAAGGCCGCCAGCUGCGAUCCAAAAACGGACAUAUAUCGUAUAGAUAAUAAUCUAAAACAUUUGAUUUUAACCAAACACAAUAAUAUGCGUAGUCAAUUGGCCAUGGGCUUAGGUCAGUUUGCGGCAGCCAAAAAAAUGGCCACAAUGCGUUGGAGCUCCGAAUUGGCCUUCUUGGCCGAAUUGAAUGCGAAACAAUGUUAUAUGAAGCGCAGCGAAUGCACUGGAACUGCGCGUUAUCCGCACGUGGGACAAAAUUUGGCUUACAAUAUGUUCCGUGACACACAGAAUGUAACUGAAGUCGUCAGCAGUCAGAUUAGUAUGUGGUUCCAAGAGUAUACGAAAGCCGAUAUGGGUACCAUUAUGACGGGCAAGAUCCCUUCGACCGUAGAGCAUUUUGGUGAGAUCAAGCACUUUCUCCAAUUGGCUAGAGAUCGUGCCGAUCGUGUUGGCUGUGCCAUAGCGCUAUUUCCCAUUGUUGAUAUAUGGAAUGUCCAGAGCUUGACAUGUAUGUACAAUGUGGGUGUAGAUGGUUGUUAUCCCAUCUAUGCUUCGUCGACUGUUGGUGGUAAAUCCUGUAGCACGGGCAUCAGUACACAAUAUCCGUUUCUAUGCAAUGUCAAAGAACAAUACGACUAUAUAAAUUGUCCAGUUGAAAAACCUAUGGGUUUACCCAAAGCAAUAACCGCGGCAAAGCGAUGUAAUCCUCUUGCGAGUUCAGGUGUAACCCAUAAAUCGACCGUACUUGAAAAUGUUCAAAAAUGGAUCGAUUCGCAGAAAAAAACAGGUGAAGAAACCAAAAAAACUGAAUGUUAAAGCAUCUUUGAAAUUCAACUUAAUUGUAACGCUUGCUUCAAGUGACAUUAAAUUGAUGGCAGUCAAUUGAAACUGAAUAAAACGCAAUAUUAAUAAUAAUAAA